CUACUACUACGACACAACCCAACUGUGCGCUACCGAGUUUUAGCUGUGCGAGCAUACUGGAGCCAGGCAUCUGUUCCCACGUGGGCGUGGCUUUUGAAGGUGGAUGAGCUAACCCCCAGAAAUUUCACAAUAUUUCAUUUCCCUGUCACUUUUUACUUCUAAUCCCCUGGUUCUUGGGAGCUUUCGGAGAAUGUGAGAGAGACUGGAUGAGACUCUCUGAUAUCACCUUUUUCUUGACAGAUGAAAGUUUUUGCCUUUUACUGGAGUCCUAAUGUGAAGCAGAAUGGCCAAAAUAAGUACUUUCGGUUUCGGAGACUUUAUGUGAGGUUGAGGAGAAGGUAGAAUGUUGAUUGAGCAGCAGGGAUCUGACCAGGGCUCUCCCGCGGGACUGUCAGCUCUGAAAACCUUGACCCUGUACCGCGAGCUUCUGGUGGAACAGGUGAAGAAUACCCAGUGCAUCUUGGACAACCUCCUGGCCAGCGGCUUUGUUUGCAACGAGGAUGUUGAAAUCAUACAGCGGUGCACCACUAAAACAGAUCAGGUCCGUCAAAUUUUGGAACUGGUGCAGAGCAAAGGUGAGGAGGCCUCCACCUAUUUCAUCUACAUUCUCCAUGAAGCCUACGAUGCCUUCAUUGACCUUCGCCCUUGGUUCAAGGACAUCGAUUACAAACCUUCAGAGUUUGUCCAGCAAAUACCGGUGGUCAACACAGACCCAAUCAGCAAAUACUGUGAAAAGCUGCGUCAGGACCUGGGUCGCGACACAUGCUUCAUCACCUCCUACUCCCGGCGGGAGGAGACGCGUCUGGAGGAGCUGUACACGGACACGCAGAUGGAGAUCCUCAACGGCAGCAACGAGAGCCUGGGCUACCUCUCCAGCCUGGACGAGCUCAUCGGCGACGACGCCGGGGUCUUCAACCGGGAUGCCGAGACCAUCUUCGUGAGCGGCGACGCGGGUGUUGGCAAGUCCAUCAUGCUGCAGAAGCUCCAGAACCUGUGGUCCAAACGGGAGCUGCUCAACACCCGCGCCAAGUUCUUCUUCAAGUUCCGCUGCCGCAUGUUCAGCGCCUUCAAGGAGACGGACGAGAUCUCGCUCAAGGAUCUGAUCUUCAAGCACAACUGCUACCCGGACCUGGACCCGGACAACGAGGUGUUCAGCUACAUCCUGAGGUUUCCCGAGACCGUCAUAUUCACGUUCGACGGCUACGACGAGAUCCACAGCGAGUAUGACCUCUCCAACCUGCCCGAGGUGGUGUCACCUGAGGAGAGGACCCAUCCGCUGCUGGUCCUCAUGAACCUUCUGUGUGGGAAACUGCUCAAGGGCUCGCUCAAGGUGUUGACGGCCCGCACCGGAACCGAGGUCCAGAACAGAGUCGUCCGGAAGCGGGUGAUCCUCAAGGGCUUCUCCCCAGAGCACCUGCGUAGGUAUACGGCCCUGCACUUCCCCGACCGCGAGCACCUGUCCCUGGUCACGGUGCAGCUGGACGCCAGCCCCCACCUGGGCAGCCUGUGCUCCAUCCCGCUAUUCUGCUGGAUCAUCUUCAAGAGCUUCAAGCACCUGCACUCGGUUUACAGCGACGUGGACCUGCCUGGCUCCUGCGUCACUCUCACCAGCGUCUUCCUCCUGCUGUCCGAGGUCUUCCUCAGCCGCUCCUCGACGCCCGGCCUGUUGAAAAAGAGCACCAGGUGCACUGCGGACACCUUCCAGGCGGGCAGUCAGGUGUUGGCGGCCUACGCCCGGCUGGCACUGCUUGGCAUGGUGGAGAACCGCUUCGUGUUCCGGCAGGAGGAUGUGACGUCUUGCGGGCUGGAGGAGGACAACCUGCAGAUAGGCUACGUCAGGCCGGUGAGCCAGUACGACGGCUGCGGCACCGCGGCCACCUACGAGUUCCUCCACCUCACCCUGCAGGCCUUCCUGGCCGCCUUCGCCCUGGUGCUGGAUACAGACUCGGACUCGGAGAUCCUGAAGUUCUUCUCCCAGUGCGAGUACCGGCGGCGGCAGAGGUCUCGGCUGCCCUGCGCGUCUUGUCUGGAAAGGUCGCGCCCGCGGGACAAGGAUCCCUUCCAGAACAACGAGCACCUGCAGUUCAUCAACCUGUUCCUGUGCGGGCUCCUCUCCAAACCCAACAGGGCGCUGAUGGAGCACCUGGUGCCUCCGCUGUUGCUGAAGAAGAAGCAGUCCCUGCUCAAGUCCUACCUGUCCAGCAGUGUCAAGCUGCACCUGCGAGGCCUUCCGCGCUACAAGACGGAGUUCGAGGGCACCAAGGUGCACGCCAUGUCCAACUUCGUGUGGAUGGCGCGCUGCAUCUUCGAGACCAACAGCGAGGAGGUGGCCAGGCUGACGGCCAGGGGGAUCUCGGCAGACUACCUGAAGCUGGCCUUCUGCAAUAUCUUCUCGGCCGACUGCAGCGCCAUAAACUUUGUGCUGCACCACUACCGCAAGAGGCUCGGGGUGGACAUGGACAACAACAACAUCAGCGACUACGGGGUGAAGCAGCUCAGGCCUUGCUUCAGCAAGAUGACGGUGGUGAGGUUGUGUGUCAAUCAGAUUACAGACAGCAGUAUUGAGGUCCUGGCAGAGGAACUGAUUCGCUACAAAGUUGUCAGAAUUCUGGGACUAUACAAAAACCAGAUCACUGAUGCCGGUGCCAAACUGAUUGGGCAGCUCAUUGAGGAGUGUCCUCGGCUCCACACUUUGAAAUUGGGCCUGAAUAAAAUUACAAGUGUUGGUGGUCAGUACCUGGCGUCAGGAAUAAAGAAGAGCAAGUCUAUCUUUGAUGUAGGUAUGUGGGGGAACACGAUUGGAGAUAAGGGAGCAGAAGCUUUUGCUGAGGCUAUGAAGGAAAAUACAAGCCUGACAAACCUCAGUCUCUCGGCCAAUGAGAUUACCUCGGAAGGGGGGCGGUACAUCGCUGAAGCACUGAAGAGCAACUCAAGCCUUCACAUCUUUUGGAUGAUUGGCAACAAGAUCUCUGAUGAAGCUGCAUCCGAUCUCUCAGAGGCGGUCAAGAUGAACAGUGCACUCACGCACCUCAUUUUGAUUGACAACCAGUUCAGUGUGCAUGGAGCCAAAGAACUUGCGGAGGGCAUGUUACACAACACUACCCUGAAAGAGAUCAACCUGACGGGAAACCUGGUCUCCGAGGAGGAAGAGAAGCAGUUUCAGGCUGAACCAAGGCUCCGCUUUCACUGAGGACAAAGCCAGACUGAUUACACACGGUGGCACACAACUCUCUACAGUGCCAGCAAAUGACCUGAACAGGUGACAUAACAGCCUGCAGAAGAUCUCAGAGGCUACAGACAGCAAGGAUGUGGCUUACUGCUGGCAGAAGGGAGGGCAGCUUACAAUUGGAAUUCGUAGAAGCUGGCAGAGGCCUUGCGCU